AUGUCCCAGGCACGAAGGAAGGAGAGUUCUGGCAAAAGGGGUAUUAGUGCAUGCGCUGUUUGUGAUGGAUUUUUCUUUAAAGAUGAAGUCGUUGCCAUUAUUGGUGGUGGAGACUCGGCAAUGGAGGAAACAAUUUAUAUGAGCAAUAUUGCAUCAAAAGUAUAUUUGAUUCAUAGGAGAAAUGAAUUUAGAGCAAGAAGAGAUAUGCUCCAGCGAGUGAAGUCUCUUAGAAAUGUUGAAAUAAUCACACCGGCCAAUCUUGUUUCAGCACAUGGAACUGAAUUUCUUGAAUACAUAAAGCUGAAAAAUGCUCAAACCGACGAGAAGUUUGAGUUGAGAGUUAGUGGAUUAUUUUUUGCUAUUGGGCACGAUCCAAAUACUAAAUUUUUAGAGAGCGAUGUUAAGGUCAAUGAGAUGGGAUAUGUUAUUACUAAUACGCGAAUGCAUACUUCUGUGAAAGGACUCUUUGCAUGCGGAGAUGUACAGGAUUUUAAGUACAAACAGGCUGUCACAGCGGCAGCCUCAGGCUGUAUUGCAGGUAUUGAGUGCAGCAAGUACAUUAAAAAUGUUCAGUCAAAUAUUGAAUAA